AUGAAUGCAGUGAAAGACAAUUAUACCUUACCCUCACUUUGGGUUGAUCCAAACGCCUCUCCUCCUCCAGUUGAUAACUUCAUGAACCUCAUCAACAAUAGACUUGAAACUAAAUUUCCAAAGGAGAAACUUUUCAAAAUUCAAAUAUUCAUUGCUGUUUGGUGUAGCGGAGAUACUGGAGAUACUAUUAUGAAGCCUAAAGAGUCACCCAUGUUUGGCUGGUUCAAAGAGGGUUCAGAAACUGAAAUCAUACCAUACAAUGAGACUGAUUUAUAUACUGAGGAUUACAUUGGAUUGAAAGAUUUGGACGAGCAGGGUCGAUACUUUACUGUUGAAUGUCCAUACGAACACAUGGAAUAUCCAAAUGAAUGGUUUGAGAAAGAUGUUAUUGAAAAAUUUUAUGAUGUUUAA